AUGAUGUCAUCUGGAACCGCCCUCCCGACAAGCCUGUUCGUCGGCAACUUGGACGCUCGUGUCUACCGUGAAUUACUGGAGGAAGUCUUCAGCCUAGGCGGCAAAGUGACGCAAUGUCAUGUUGUAUUUGACAAAGCGAGGGGAGUAAGCAGCGGGUUUGGAUUUGUGGACUACGAAGACAAUGCGACGGCGCAAGCAGCCAUGGAUAAGUUUAGAGGCCGCAGCAUAUAUGGCAAGACACUCACGAUUGACUGGGCUCGCGCGUCCGCGAGGGACGGUAGUGGGAAAGCUGAUGAGUCGGCGGCCUACUGCUUGUUCGUAGGGAACCUUUCACCGGACGUGUCUGAUGAGCAACUGCUUGCCGCAUUUCGCGAGUUUGGGUCUUGCAUGUCUGCGAAGUGCACGAAGGAUCCUGUCACGAACAAAACGCAAGGUUUUGCCUUUGUCUCGUUUCAGACUCUAUCAGAUGCAUCUCUCGCCAUGGAGGCCAUGAAUGGGCAAGUACUCAGCAACCGGUCGCUUCGCGUUGAAUGGGCAAAGGGAAAGACAAACGCGGCGGUGCGAGCCGGGGGAAUUGAUGGAGCGGAGGCUGAUGGUAUGGGCAUGCCUUCAUCGCGAGGUGGAUUCAAUUCGGAUGACCGAAAGACAGGCGCGGAUUCUGACAAGCCGCUUCUGAGCUUUGAGGCAAUUGUUGCACAAACGUCUCUAAACAACAUUACUGCGUACGUGGCCGGGUUGAAAGUCACUACCCCGGAAGCGAGUAUUCGGGAAGCCUUUUCACGGUUUGGUGAGAUUCGCGAGAUUCGCAUUCCAGAAAGCAUCAAAGCACAAGCAACGGAGACUAUGUACGCGUUUGUACGCUACCAUGAGCAUGAGUCGGCUGCAAGGGCAAUCUUCGACUGCCAGCGAGGGAUUGAGGUCGAUGGCAAGAUUGUGCAGGUGCAUUGGGGUCGCGAAAGUGCUCGCCGCGCGCCCAUGGGAGGCAUGAACAGAGGUCCAGUGGGAAUGAUGCCGGGGUACCCGGGGGGAUAUCGCGGGCAACAACAGCACCCCGCACCAUACCACACCCAGCCAUACGCUGGUAGGAUGUCAUAUGGAGGGCAGCCGUAUGGCCGGGCGCCUGGACCAGUGUAUCACCAACCGCACGUCGGAGGGCAGCAUCGGUACCGCCCGUACUAA